AUGUCGGUUUGCUACGGUCCCCCGGGAAACGAGACGCUGCUGAGCUGGAAGACCUCGCGGGUCACAGGCACAGCCUUCCUGCUGCUGGCGGCGCUGCUGGGGCUGCCUGGCAACGGCUUCGUGGUGUGGAGCUUGGCGGGCUGGCGGCCCGCACGGGGGCGACCGCUGGCGGCCACGCUCGUGCUGCACCUGGCGCUGGCCGACGGCUCGGUGCUGCUGCUCACGCCGCUCUUCGUGACCUUCCUGACCCGGCAGGCCUGGCCGCUGGGCCAGGCGGGCUGCAAGGCCGUGUACUACGUGUGCGCGCUCAGCAUGUACGCCAGCGUGCUGCUCACCGGCCUGCUCAGCCUGCAGCGCUGCCUCGCCAUCACCCGCCCCUUCCUGGCUCCCCGGCUGCGCAGCCCGGCCCUGGCCCGCCGCCUGCUGCUGGCCGUCUGGCUGGCCGCCCUGGUGCUCGCCAGCCCGGCCGCCGUGUACCGCCACCUCUGGGCGGACCGCGUGUGCCAGCUGUGCCACCCGUCGCCCGCCCACGCCGCCGCCCACCUGAGCCUGGAGACCCUGACCGCCUUCGUGCUGCCCUUCGGGCUGGUGCUCGGCUGCUACGGCGUGACGCUGGUGCGGCUGCGGGGCACCCGCUGGGGCGCCAGGCGGCACGGGGCGCGGGUGGGCCGGCUGGUGGUCGCCAUCGUGCUGGCCUUUGGCUUGCUCUGGGCCCCCUACCACGCUGUCAACGUACUGCAGGCGCUCGCCGCGCUGGCUCCGCCCGAAGGAGCCUUGGCGAGCCUGGGCGGGGCGGGCCAGGCGGCGCGAGCCGGAACCACGGCUCUGGCCUUCUUCAGCUCCAGCGUCAACCCGCUGCUCUACCUCUUCACCGCCGGGGAUCUACUGCCCCGGGCGGGUCCCCGCUUCCUCACGCGGCUCUUCGAGGGCUCCGGAGAGGCCCGAUGGGGCGUCCAGUCUAGGGUGGGGGCCAUGGAGCUCCGAGCUAGCACUCGGCUCAAAGUGCUGGGACAGGGCCGUGGCAAUGGAGACCCUGGGGGCGGGGCGGAGAGGGACAGUCAGGGAUGAGACCCUUGACGUCAAACCCUACAACCGGGCCUGCUCUCCCCUAUCCCCUUACAUCGCCUCCCAGAACUCAGGGAACCACUGUGGACAGUUUGGGGAUCCUUCUCUGACCAUAGUUUUGACCUGUCUGGGCAGAAUUAUCAUACAUCUGGGGCAGGCCCAGGUUCCUCAAACUGAGGCACUUUGAGUGGUGAUGGUCAGUGUUAAGGAGUAUCAUGUACUUGCAGGUUGGCAUGUGCCCAGGUGCCAGAGCUGCUUACUUGUUGCCAAUAGCUAUUGUGAAAUACACUGGGUGGUCAUUAUGUUUCAGCAAAAAUAGAAAUGAGACUUUUCUGAUAAGCAAGGAAAAUAAGCAAACAAUGAACAGGCUGGGGAAACAGCAUAAACAGGCCUGAAAGAGUUAAGCAAUCUUGGUUACUCUUUAGCUGUUACUACUAACAAACACUUGUAGCUAGACUUGUCCUUCACAAAGCUAAUUACUCUCUGAUUCCAUAGGAAUUAUACUCUGCACCUGGCAUUCUUCUCCCCCUACACUCUCUCGCAGCAUUAAAAGAAGGUCACCGGGGCUUCCCUGGUGGCGCAGUGGUUGAGAGUCUGCCUGCCGAUGCAGGGGACACGGGUUCGUGCCCCGGUCCGGGAGGAUCCCACAUGCCGCGGAGCGGCUGGGCCCGUGAGCCAUGGCCGCUGAGCCUGUGCGUCCGGAGCCUGUGCUGCUCUGCAACGGGAGAGGCC